CACCGCUCUUUGAACAGCCUUGACAGUUGAACUCUUAGCACCUCUUAACCAACCUUCUUAAUUCUCUACCUUCAAAAAUGUUCGCUCGCAUCUUUGCUGUUGCCUCUCUCGUCGCCUUCGUUCUUGCCGAUGGCCAGUGCAACACCGGCAACAUCCAGUGUUGCGACAGUGCUACUUCUGUUGAGAACUACAACUUGCUGGCUUCCAAUGAUCCGAGCCUGAUCGCUAUUCCUGCUGACGUUGUCGGCCUUGUUGGCCUUGGGUGCAGCCCUCUCACCAUCGUGGGUGGUGGCGCAGGCUGCGAGGCUAACCAGGAGCCUAUGUGCUGCAGCAACAACAAAUACGACGGUGUUGUGAACGUUGGCUGCACUCCCAUCAACAUCGGCCUCUAGACACCCAGUGGACAAUUGAUUAAUAUAAGGUUGGAAGGUCGCUUAUUUGAUAUCGAUAUCCUUCGCCCUCUUACUACUACAUAAUAACACAUUCUCUAUUUGCUUUUCUUGUGUGCUCAUACGAGGUCUUUGACUCUUUGCUCAACUCGACUAAUAUAAUCCUUGCUUGAUGGCAUCCA